UAUAUGAGUAGACUCCUCCUCAUCACAAUAUCACAAUUUAACAAACCAAAAAGAAAAAAAAAGGAAGAAGAGUGUUUCAUCUCAUCUGUGCAGGUAUAGAGGAGAAUCGUGUCGGCUGAAUCUGUGUCAGAGACAGAGCAUAGUGUGAAUUGCAAAAGUCUUCGUCUUCCUUCCAGAGAGAGAUAUCGAGAAGAUAUUUUACACAAUCACAGAUCGAAAUCAACAAUGGAUGAUUGCUUGAGCUAUUCAUAUCAUAUGGAUGAUGAGAUUGCAAGGUUUAUCAGAAGAGUCAAUCCUCCAAAGGUUGUGAUUGAUAACGAUGUCUACAAUAACGUUACUGUCAUCAAGGUGGAUAGUGCAAAUAAACAUGGGAUUCUUCUGGAAGUUGUUCAAGUCUUGACUGAUCUUAACCUCACCAUCAAGAAAGCUUACAUCUCCUCUGAUGGUGGCUGGUUCAUGGAUGUCUUCAACGUCACUAACCAAGAUGGUAACAAAGUCACCGAUGAGAUCGUUCUUGACUACAUCCGUAAAUCUCUUGGCCCUGAUGAGUCUUCCUGCUUCAGUCCGAGAUCAACCAUUGGUGUUAAACAAUCUGUCGACUUCACCUUCAUUGAGCUAACGGGAACGGACAGGCCCGGUUUGUUGUCUGAGCUAACCGCUGUUCUAACCGACCUUCAAUGCAAUGUUGUCAACGCUGAGAUCUGGACGCAUAGAGCAAAAGCAGCGGCGGUUUUGCAAGUGACAGACGAGGAAACCUGCUCUGCGGUCACUGAUCCAGAGAGGCUGUCCAAGAUCAGGAAGCUUCUUGGCUACGUUCUCACAGGUGGAAGCAGGAGCAGGAGAUGCCGUGAACCCAAAACCACGGUCUCUUCUUCUCUCAACGCGGAUCGUAAGCUUCACCAGCUGAUGUUUGCGGAUAGAGACUAUGACGAAUGGGAGAAUAACGUUGAUGAUGAGGAUAAGAUUGGGAGAGUGGUUCCUGAUGUGGAUGUCUCCAACUUGCAUGAUUUGGAUUACUCUAUUGUGAUGAUCAAAUGCAAAGACAGACCAAAGCUUCUCUUUGAUACUGUUUUUACUUUGACGGAUAUGAAGUACGUGGUCUCGCAUGCCAGCAUUGAUGCUGAAGGCCCUGAAGCUUAUCAGGAAUACUACAUAAGACAUACGGAUGGAUCUCCUGUGAAGUCUGAGGCAGAGAGACAGAGAGUGAUCAAGUGUCUUAAAGCAGCUAUUCAGAGAAGAGUCUUUGAGGGUUUGAUGCUUGAGCUUUGCACUUCGGAUAGGGUUGGAUUACUAUCAGACGUGACACGGAUAUUCCGUGAGAACAGUCUAACGGUAACAAGAGCAGAAGUGAAAACAAAAGGAGGCAAAGCGCUCAACACAUUCUACGUGAGGGAUGCUUCUGGUUAUGAAGUUGAUGCUAAGACCAUAGAUUCAAUCAGACAGGUGAUUGGUCAGAAGAUACUUCAAGUGAAAGGGGGAAACACAGAGGUUAAACCGAGUUCUCAAGAAUCUCAAACGGGGUUUCUCUUUGGGGUUUUCAAGUCUAGAUCUUUCGUCAAUUUCGGGUUGAUCAGAUCUUAAAACAUAGUAUUACUCUUAAAUCUGUAAAUGACAGAAGUAAAGUAGUACAUUGUGUGAAUGUGUAGAAGAAGGAGAAGCUUUUAGAAAUGAAAGUUUAGAUUCUUACAGGGGGCUUUUUAAGUAAUAUUCUUGUGUACUUUUACAUUGGUGGAUGUAUAUAUAUAAAAUUGGAUUACAAUCAUUUUCCAUAA